ACAGGGAGACAUGGGCACAGAUGUCUCGUCCAAAGCCUGUCCCCUGAACUUCGUCACCUCAGAGGCGUUCCCACGGGGGCCUGGGAUCACUGGAAACAAGCCAGCCCGCGCCUGCACAUCGGUCAGCUCUGCCAUGGUUGCUGUCUGAGGAAACAGUAAAUGAGACGGCAGCCCAGGGAAGGUGCCCUGGACGAGGGUCUGAAGCAGCUGCUGACACUGGCGGGUCUCACCCCUCUCUGGGUUGUGGCCAUAGCAAGCCCACUCCCACAGUGGGCACCCACCCGGCAUGAGCUAGUUUUCGGGCUCUGAGAAUGCGGCUGAGGAUGGUGGAGGGCUGUGCCCCUGCAGUGUGUGGCCCAGCAGGCGACAGCUGUUGCGUCCUGUCACACCCGCUGCUGCCCGUCUUCAGUUCUGUGCUGCUAACUGCAGUGGGGCUGCCCUGACUUUGUGCCUCUCAAAGAGUUUGAGUAAACGACCAAGUGCUGCCCUAUAAAGGGGCUCUGCCCUAUAAAGCUGUGGCACCUUCCCCACAGCUGCUGGAGACCUACGGGUGGCAGGCUAGUGAUACCGGACAUCCGCAGCCUGUGGACGCACAGCACAGCUGCUGGCUUCUCUGUGGGCGGUGGAGGCGAGGGGCUUUCCACAGGACGACUCUGGGCAGCAGUCUGGACACGAGCCCCGAUCCCCCUCCACGUGUUUCCAGAACUAGCCAGCCCGAGCAAAGCCUGUCCUGAGGGAGGCGGGAGACCGCCUGGAGCCCUCAGCCCUGAUGAAAGCUGGCUCCAAGCACGAGGAGGGCUUCGGGGUGCAGCCCAGGAGGGUGGCCGACCUGGGCCUGGCCCCCAACCUCUGGCGAAGCAGCAGCAGCCUGUGCAAGAAGAGGUCGCAGUACCUUGUCAACAGCUGUGAGAAGCAGGAAAAUCUCAGCUCAUGGAUUCCUGAAAAUAUCAAGAAGAAAGAAUGCAUGUACUUCGUGGAAUGCUGCAAGCUGUCUGAUGCGGGGAAGGUGAUAUGCGAGUGUCGCUACACCCGCGAGCAGCACCUGGAGGAGGCCAUCAGGCCCCGUGCCUUCCAGGACGACAAGUGGGACCCGAAAAAGCACAUCCAGGAGGUGCCGACGGAUGCCUUUGGUGACAUCGUUUUCACGGGCCUGGGCCAGAAGGUGGGAAAGUAUGUCCGGGUCUCCCAGGACACCCCCUCCAGCGUGAUCUACCAGCUCAUGACCCAGCACUGGGGCCUGGACAUCCCCAGCCUUCUCAUCUCAGUCACGGGCGGGGCCAAGGACUUUAACAUGAAGCCCCAGCUGAAAAGCAUCUUCCGCAGAGGCCUGGUCAAGGUGGCGCAGACCACAGGAGCUUGGAUCAUCACCGGGGGGACCCACACCGGCGUGAUGAAGCAGGUGGGUGAGGCUGUGCAUGACUUCAGCCUGAGCAGCAGCUACAACAAAGAUGAGGUCGUCACCAUUGGCAUCGCCACAUGGGGCACCGUGCACAACCGCGAUGGUCUGGUCCACCCCACGGGCGGCUUCCCUGCCGAGUACAUCAUGGAUGAGGAAGGCCAAGGGCACCUGACCUGCCUGGACAGCAACCACUCCCACUUCAUCCUUGUGGACGACGGCACCCACGGCCGCUACGGGGUGGAGAUCCCGCUAAGGACCCGGCUGGAGAAGUUCAUCUCGGAGCAGACGAAGGAAGGAGGGGGCAUGGCCAUCAAGAUCCCCAUCGUCUGUGUGGUGCUGGAGGGGGGCCCCGGCACACUGCAUACCGUCUACAACGCCAUCAGUCACGGCACUCCCUGUGUGGUUGUGGAGGGCUCGGGCCGCGUGGCCGACGUCAUUGCCCAGGCAGCCAGCCUACCUAUCUCCAAGAUCUCCAUCUCCCUGAUUCAGCAGAAGCUGGCUGUGUUUUUCCAGGAGAUGUUUGAGACGUUCACCGAAGGCAUGCUGGUGGAGUGGACCAAAAAGAUCCAAGACAUUGUCCGGAGGCGGCAGCUGCUGACCAUCUUCCGGGAGGGCAAGGAUGGCCAGCACGAUGUGGACGUGGCUAUCCUUCAGGCUUUGCUGAAAGCCUCUCGGAGCCGUGACCACUUUGGGCACGAGAACUGGGACCACCAGCUGAAGCUGGCAGUGGCGUGGAACCGCGUGGACAUUGCCCGCAGUGAGAUCUUCACGGAAGAGCGGCAGUGGAAGCCUUCAGAGCUGCACCCCAUGAUGACGGCUGCCCUCAUCUCCAACAAGCCCGAGUUUGUGAAACUCUUCCUGGAGAACGGGGUGCGGCUACAGGACUUGGUCACCUGGGACACGCUGCUGUACCUAUAUGAGCACCUGGACCCCUCCUGCCUGUUCCACUUCAAACUGCAGAAGGUGCUGGCCAAGGAGCCCGCCGCACCUGCCCUGCUCCUGCACCACGUGGCCCAGCUACUGUGGGAGCUGCUGGGGGACUUCACGCAGCCACUGUACCCCCGGCCCCGCUCCAGUGACCAGCCGCAGAGCCUGCCUGGGCCCCACGUCAGACUCAACGUGCAGGAGGUGAGUCUCCGGUCCUUCUACCGGCAUUCAUCAGACCGUGUCACCUUCACUGUGGACCCGGUCCGUGACCUUCUCAUUUGGGCCAUCAUCCAGAACCGGCGGGAGCUGGCAGAAAUCAUCUGGGCUCAGAGCCAGGACUGCAUAGCCGCCGCCCUGGCCUGCAGCAAGAUCCUCAAGGAGCUCUCCAGGGAGGAAGAGGACACGGACAGCUCCGAGGACAUGCUGGCCCUCGCGGACGAGUACGAGCAGAGAGCUAUUGGGGUCUUCACCGAGUGCUACCGGAAGGAUGAGGAGAGAGCGCAGAAACUGCUCAUCCGCGUGUCAGAGGCCUGGGGGAAGACCACCUGCCUGCGGCUGGCGCUGGAGGCCAAAGACAUGAAAUUCGUGUCUCACGGGGGCGUCCAGGCCUUUCUGACCAAGGUGUGGUGGGGCCUGCUCUGUGUGGACAACGGGCUCUGGCGGGUGCUCCUGUGCAUGCUGGUCUUCCCGCUGCUCACCACCGGCCUGGUCUCCUUCAGGGAGAGGAGUCUGCAGGCGGCCUGCGGCCUGGCCCGCGUGCGCGCCUUCUUCAACGCGCCCGUGGUCAUCUUCCACCUGAACAUUCUGUCCUACUUCUCCUUCCUGUGCCUCUUUGCCUAUGUGCUCAUGGUGGACUUCCAGCCCUCGCCCUCUUGGUGCGAGUGCCUCAUCUACCUCUGGAUCUUCUCCCUGGCCUGCGAGGAGCUGCGGCAGCUCCUCUACGACCCUGACGGUUGCGGGCUGCUGAAGAUGGCCCUGCUGUACUUCAGCGACUUCUGGAAUAAACUGGACAUCACUGCCAUCCUUCUCUUUAUAGCAGGACUGACCUGCAGGCUGAUGCCAUCAUUGCUGUACACCGGCCGCAUCAUCCUGUCUCUGGAUUUCAUCAUAUUCUGUCUUCGGCUGAUGCACAUUUUCACCAUCAGUAAGACGCUGGGGCCCAAGAUAAUCAUCCUGAAGCGGAUGAUGAAGGACGUCUUCUUUUUCCUCUUCCUGCUGGCCGUGUGGGUCGUGUCCUUUGGGGUGGCCAAGCAGGCCAUCCUCAUCCACAACGAGAGCCGGGUGGACUGGAUCUUCCGGGGGGUCGUGUACCAGUCGUACCUCACCAUCUUCGGGCAGAUCCCAGCCUACAUCGACGGCGUGGACUUCAGCCUGGACCACUGCAGCCCCAAUGGCACUGACCCGUACAAGCCCAAGUGCCCCGAAAGCGACGCCACGCGGCACCAGCCCAUCUUCCCUGAGUGGCUGACGGUCACCCUGCUCUGCCUGUACUUGCUCUUCACCAACAUCCUGCUGCUCAACCUGCUCAUCGCCAUGUUCAACUACACGUUCCAGCAGGUCCAGGAGCACACGGACCAGAUCUGGAAGUUCCAGCGCCAUGGUCUGAUAGAGGAGUACCAGGGCCGGCCCCCGGCACCACCCCCUUUCAUUCUCCUCAGCCAUCUGCAUCUCUUCAUCAAGAGGGUCGUCCUCAAGAUACCUGCUAGGCGACACAAGCAGCUCAAGAACAAGUUGGAGAAGAAUGAGGAGGCCGUGCUCCUAUCCUGGGAGAUGUACCUGAAGGAGAGUUACCUGCAGAGCCAGCAGGACCAGCAGAGGCAGAGGCCGGAGCAGAAGAUGCAAGACAUCAGCCACAGGGUGGACACCAUGGUGGACCUGCUGGAAAUGGACCGUCUGAAGCAGUGGGGCUCCAUGGAGCAGAGACUGUCCUCCUUGGAGGAGCAGGUGGCCCAGACGGCCAGAGCGCUGCACUGGAUCGUGAAGACCCUGAGGGAUGGCGGCCUUGGCUCAGGGGAGGACCCCCCCACCUCGGCGCACCAGAAGGCCUCGGAGAGGCAGGACCUGGAGCUGGACGGCAGGCAGGAGGCAGAGGACCUGAGCCACGCCCCCCACGUGAAUGCCCGGCACCUUUUCUACCCCAACUCCCCUGUCCUGCGUUUCCCCGUGCCUGACGAGAAGGUGCCCUGGGAGACUGAGUUUCUCAUCUACGACCCGCCGUUUUACACAGCAGAGAGGAAGGACCAGGCCUCACUGGACCCCAUGGCAAAGAACCCCAAGGGCCGCACAGGGCUGCGUGGGUGCGGGAGCCUCAGCUGCUUUGGACCCAAUCACACGCUGCAGCCUGUGGUCACUCGGUGGAAGAGGAACCAGGAUGGAGCCAUCUGCAGGAAGAGCAUAAAGAAAGUGCUGGAAGUGCUGCUGGUGAAGCACCCCCUGUCAGAACACUGGGCCUUGCCAGGGGGCUCCCAGGAACCAGGAGAGACGCUGCCUCGAAAGCUGAAGCAGAUCCUCCGCAGAGAGUUCUGGCCUUCCUUCGAGAACCUGCUGAGGCAGGGCACGGAGGUGUACAAAGGCUACGUGGACGACCCGCGGAAUACGGACAACGCCUGGAUCGAGACAGUGGCCAUCAGUGUCCACUUCCCAGACCAGAGCGACGAGCUAAAGAGGCUGAACUCUUACCUGCAUGCCUGUGACCCACGGAUGGCCAUCCAAUGGCAGGUGGUGGACAGGCGCAUCCCGCUGUCCACCACCCACAAGACCAUCCUCCAGAAGGCGGCCGCUCUGUACGGGGCUUACUACUGACCGUGGGCUCAGGCCCAGGCUGGUGUGUCCCCGGCCCCACAGACACUAAGGCCGCACGAUGCAGCGUGGACCUCGGCAGGCGAGGGGACCCACCGCCUCUCAGGGCUAGCUGGACUCAACCGCCAGAUGAGCUCGUGAAGCGGAAGGCAGCAAGGCACUCUGAGAGGGGGCCGAGGCAGGGGACGGGCUGGCUCCGGUCACACGGCAGCCCCUGGAACUCCGCCAGCCAUCGCUGCCUCUCUCGAGCUGGCUGGCAGCCAGGUGAGAGGCUGGAGCCUCCUGCCAGCCUCGGCCCUCAGCUGGAGUCCACUUCCUCCUGGUCAUGUUGUCAUGGGUGCAUCAGCCCAAGGCCUGCGACUCCCAGGGAGCUGGGGUUCCCCUGUGGCCUCCUCCUUGGGCCCAGCCCCACAGGGGGCCUCCGCUAUGACCUGACUUGGUCCCUCGCCUGGCCUGGGGUGGGCCCCGUAGGAACCCCAGUUCCCUGCCCGGUUCACAAUCAGGGCUGAGCCCCUCAGCAGGGUCAGGAGGCUGGUGUGCUCAGAACUGCUCUGGAUGUGCAGGGGGUCCCUGCCUGUGCACGGCCCCGGGACUCACACACACUGCUCUGUCCCUCCUUGUGAACCCAGGGAGGAGUGGCUGGUGGGUCUGGGUGGCAGGGGAAGGGCACCCUGUUUGGUGUCAGGGACACACAUACCAUCGGCAUCAACCAGAAGCUUUAAGGACCAAGAAGGUUGUCCAACCUGACAUUCGUUCGCUGCCCCAUACAGCCUGGCCAGCUCCUGCACUUCCUGCAAAUUAGUUACAGACCAGUGCACUGUUGGGGUUGUGUCUGGGCCACCGGAACCUCUGCCCACCCCUGGCCUGAGGGCAUCUCCCAUGGCGUCUCCCCGUGGAUGCCCUGCAGGCACCCAAGGGCCAAACUUGUGGUUCCUGCUCUGACACCACCCCCGCCCUGCCCCCUGCUCUUCAGCCUCCGAGGCCCAAGCUCCAUCAUGGUCCUCAAGCCCCACCUUGGCCCCCCCACCUGCAGGUGCUCAGGUGCCGUGGAGCCUUGGUUUUUAUCUAGGCUCAUAUACUCAGCCAAACUAGAAUUCAAGUGGCAGCACCAAAUAAAGACAUUUUCGACUUGUAAGGACACAGAGAAACUGUUACUUGUGUCCUUUCUGGGAGAAUGUCUCAAAGAUGAGUUGUGGAAACGCAAACACACUGACUCAGCCGGCUCGGGCUGCUCUAACAACACUGCGCCAGGAGGUCCAGACCCGGUGCCUCAGCGGUGGCUUCUGGUGAGGCCUCUGCUGGGUGUCCUCACAGCCUGUCCUCGGGGGACACCAGUCCCAUCAGAUCAGGGCUCCACUCGUGACCUCAUUUAACCUCAUUCUGUCCUUAGGGGGCCCACCUCCAAAUACAGCCACACUGAGAGUCAGGGGUUCCACGUAGGAAUAUUUGGGAGGAACACACACACACACACAGAGGUCUGGUAAGCAAAGAAAGCACUAAAAUGUAUGGCUAAGUCUUAUCAUUGUGACACAUAAAAGGAAAAGAAAAGUUAACAGCAGCUUAGAAUUAAGGUCCCGCCAGCCUCAGGGGGCACUGCAUGCCAGCCUCCAGCAUCGUGAAGGUCGGGAAGAAGAAAUGGACACUGACCAGGCUGGUGCCAGGACAAAACAAAAUGUACUUCAGGUCUGGGCGACCCUAGGACAGAAAUAGGGUAACGCUCUAACCCCUCAGAGGGAUAACAACAGUGGAACAACAACUCAGGGAAAGAAAAAAUGUCAGAGGAGUUAAUGCAAAAUAAAAUGGUAGGAGGUAGUCAAAACAUGUCAGCAAUUCUGACACACAUAAACUGUGAUUCUCAUAUUGAAAUAAA